AUUAUACACCAACCCAGAUUUAUUCCCAGAUUUUUUCUAAUUUCCGAUUUUUUUUUCAAUUUUUCCAAAUAAUUUUCAUUUGUGCCGUUCCUGGGUGGGUGCGGGCCGCAGAAAUUAAUUGUCCGGCACUAUUCUCAGGCUCCGCCCCUUUUCUCUAAGCCCCGCCCAUCGCGAGUACAGCUAGCGCUAUGUGGCGGAAUUUUCGUGAACUAAAAUCCCAGGUUUCUUGCCCCUUGACGUCAGGCAAUGUAAUGCGUGAACGAGAUGUAUUUCGUGUCAAUACUUUCCCGGUUUGCUCGAAGAAAAGACAAAACUUUCACCGCUUUGUCUUCGGAAAAGGGCCAAUACUUUUCCGGUUUUGCGCAGAGAAAAGACAAAACUUUUGCCAUUUUUUCGGAGCAGGGGUCAAUACUUUUCCGGCUUUGCUUGGAGAAAAUACAAAACUCUUGCCGUUCUGUCUCUGAAAAACGGUCAAUAAUUUUCCGGUUUUGUUCGAAGAGAAGACAAAACUCUUGCCGUUUUGAGAUAUUAGUUCACGAAAAUUUCGCCACAUGACGCUAGCUGUAUUCUCAAGACCGGUCACGUGACUAUUCAGAAACGGGGCGGCGAAAUUGAAAAAUACUUUAAAAAAUCGAAAGAAAAUCGGCAAAAAUCGGGAAAAAUUGAAAAACAUCGGAAAACAUCAGAAAAAAGCGGAAAAAAUCGGGAAAAAUCGGGAAAAUCAGACAAAAUCUAGGAAUAAUCUCUGAUGAUGAUCACAGAUGAUGAUCACAGAUGAUGAUGAUUAUCUAUUUAUAAUCUUGAUGGCGUUUCUGUCGAAAUAAUACUACGUGACUACAUUUGACGCGAUAAAUCUGCGUCAAGCAUCAGCAUGAUAUUGCUCCUUCACAGUUUACAGUUGACAGUUUACAAUCAUCGCAAUAACGACUGAAGAGACUCCAUGAUCGCUCCUACGCGUUAGUGGGUGACGUCAUCAGUUGCGUGCAGUUGCGUGUGCGACUUGUACGGAGCGUUCUCGCGUGUCUUUUGUAGCGGUUUGGUAAUUUACUAGUAUUUUUUAUGAACUAAACUCGCGAUAAUAUAAUCUCAGGAUAUUUAUGUACAUACUUUAGUAUAUGUAUAACAAUCGUGUAUUAAUUCUUGCGAGUUUUCUGUGAAAUACAUACCCAACAAGUAAAGUGUUAUAUGCGCGUGUAACCAACUUUCCGCCUAGCGUACUACACCUUGAAAAAUGGAAGGUGAACAGCACCACUACGAGCUACGUAGUCGAAGUCGGUCCAGAUCACAGACACCUCAGGUUUUGAAUCGUGGUUCAAAUGAUACGGAAUCACCUGAACAUCAUUAUGAUUUACGAAGGCGCAGCCGAGAGAGGUCUCAUACCCCAGGGGAAGUGACUAGCAGCCGGAGAUCAGGGUCUAGAUCAUUGCCUGGUAGCAUUGGCAAGUCGCCUGAUAAAACCAUGGAAACAAUAUCUGAACAGAAAGAGGAGAUUGAGAGUCAGAAUCAACAAAGUCAAACUACAAAAUCAGUGAGCACCAAGAAAGUAGAACGUCGUUCUGAGCGCCAAAGAGCUAAGAGACAGAUAUUCUCAAAUGGACAGAGUGAAUCAAGUGAAAAUAAAGACAAUAGCAAAACUGAAAGGGAAAGACAAAGCUUGACUCCAAGGCGGAUUUUCACCAGUGAUUAUUCUUCAGAAGAAGGCGAUCAUGAAGACAGAGAAGAAAGAGAAGAUCCUCCAAGUAGGCCUGGUUCUGCUUAUGAAAUCUACAAGCAAGCAGGGGAAUGGUGGAAUGUAUUUCCUAAAACUGAUUACACUUAUUCACAAAAAUCUCAGUGCCGAUACGAAAUAGCCCCAGGUGUAAUGGCUAUGCCUAACAUGUCUCGGCGGUCUAUUCAUUCUGACACUAGCAGCACUCAUGGCAGUAUACCGUCAACAAGUCAGCAAAAUCUCAGCCAGUCUUUGUCUCAACUGGGAGAAUCCACAAGCCAAUUCGAGAGAGAUAGUUUUGGCAAAGAAUUAUCUGCUACUGAUAAUCUACUUUUACGCAAUCGGCAUCCGGACUCUGUUACUAGAGCCAAGUUGUACAAGACUACACAUGUGGAACAAUUCAGCAGUCGCAGAGAAUUCAUUUAUUCCGAUUCUGCGAAUUCAGAGAGCUUCCAUGAUAGAUCCUGGCCUGAGGAUUACAUACCAUCAAAAAUUGCAUAUCCAUAUAGGUCUGUCUUGCAAGCAGACUCUGAUGUAGAUAUAGAUGACACUAUAACCUCGGUUGAUGGACAUAGAAGGUUGUACAGAGAACGACAGCAGAAGGAGUUAAAUGUAUUUCUGAAGAUCUGGAUCAGCGUUGUUACUUUUAUCACCACGAGUUAUACCAGUGCUAAGAAUUACAUUGGACUCGGUGGAAAUCGCAGAUGGCAGUCAAGCAAUUAUAAUUAUAGACAGCAAAGUGAAUCCCGGUGGAGUAAAGCAUGGAGUUCAAUUGAUUGUGCAUUGCAGUACUUGUAUUCUUUAUUUGUGAAUGCUUUAUUCUUGGAUACAUGGCUUCUUAGUCGAGCAGCCCCAGUUAGAGAGCGGAUUCCGGAUCGUCGUACGAAACUGAUUUGGAUAGUGUUAUUGCCGCUGCUUCUUCUAGGUGGCUUAUGGCUGUUGUCAUAUGCUUUUUCAAAUAAGAACUCUAUACCAGCGCUGUUCACGUAUUCUACAUCGGCUUUAUCAUCGCUAUUUUAUUUGGAGCCAAGUACUAGAAAAGUUCAGCAUGGCUCAGCAAUUGAAACAAUCGUUGGUGAGGUUCCACCAAUGGCUGACUCGUUUGAACUCACUGAACAAAAAAUUUAUGGAUGGAAAGAUGAAAUUAUACCUUCACCUGUACAAAGCAGCAGAGAAAUUGAUAAUCAAAAGUUGAAGGAACUUGACUCCAUCAUUUCGCUACUUGUGGAACGAGUAAAGCUAGUCGAAAAUGCCAAUGUAUAUCAAAAUGAUGCUUUGGCAAAUGUUCAACAGGAACCGAAUGUUAUUAUUGAAACCACGGCGGAUCUCAAAAAGCAUUAUGAUGAAAAAUUAGCUGCAAUCGAAAAGAAGAUAGAGGAUAAUGAAAAACGAGUCCUAACAUCUAAUGCUAAUGAAAUACGUGAACUGAAGUCGACAAUUAAAUCCUGCUGCGAAAAGACAGCUGCGAUACCCGUUGUCGAAGUAGAGGAGCAUAUAAACAAUAUAUUAGGUGGUUAUUUCAGCAGCGAAAAUAUAGAUGAAACGAGAACAGUGUCUAAAGAGGAUCUUGCAAGAACAAUAAAAAAUUUAUUCAUCGCCAAAAAUGAUUUAGAAGCAAGAAUAGCCGACAUCAAUUCAACUCUACAAGUCAAUGUACAAGAAGUCCAUAAUUUGGCUGAAAAAGUUAUGGCUGAUAUCACCAGUCAAAUAAACCUCCAUAUGUUAGCAAGUGAUGAUGGUGGUGACAAAAGAAGUGGUGGGGAUGGUUCCGGAGGGCUAACGGAAAGAGAUGUGCGAAGAAUUGUAACAAAUGCAUUGAAAAUUUAUGAUGCUGACAAAACUGGAAGGGUAGAUUAUGCUCUUGAGUCAGCUGGAGGCCAGGUCAUCAGUACGAGAUGUACCCAGAAAUAUAAUUUAGAUACUAGGGCGUACACCAUUUAUGGCUAUGUUCUGUUCUAUCAAAACACGAAUCCGCAAACUGUCAUACAAGGAGAUCCCAUACAACCUGGAAAAUGUUGGGUAUUUCAAGACUUCCCUGGAUACUUACUCAUCAAAUUACGAACUUGGAUUCACAUCACAGGGUUCACAAUUGAACAUGCGCCAAGAUCUAUUCUGCCAAAUGGUGAUAUGAGAAGUGCGCCGCGAAAAUUCAAUGUUUGGGGAUACAAUGACGAGAAUGACAAGGAGCCAGUACAAUUAGGAGAAUACGAGUUCGAAGAUUCCGAUGAAAACCUGCAAUAUUUUCCAGUACAGAACGCCACUAACAAGCCCUAUGAAAUAGUGGAAUUGAGAAUCCACAGUAAUCAUGGACAGAUGCAUUACACCAGCCUGUACAGGUUCAGGGUACACGGCAUACCUGCAUAGUCAUCGUCAAGGAUUUGAAUGUUAUUUUAUAAUGAAAAUCUUUCAACUACCCAGGUGCUGUUGUCAACGAACAGUCGUAAUUACGUACUUUGAAGUAUCUAAUUAUUCUGUUACCAUGUGUUACCUGAACACUAAUUCGGUUAUUUUAUUCAAUGUGACAAAUAUCUUUCAUAAAAAUUUUCCGCUAGUGUUCGUUUACCACAAAGACUUUCAGAAUUGACUACUGCUAUCACUGAUGAGUGAAAUAGCUCUGGUCGCAUGUAUAAUAAGUUUUGAAGUACAAUCCGAACCAAGAAUUAUCUAUGCACGUAAUUUUUAUAUACCUGAUAAGACCUGAAAUGUAAAUUCACCCGAUGCAUUGCAAAAAAAAUGUUUUCUGGUGAUUUAUAAUGAGAAAACAAAGGAUCGAAUGUUUUCGCCACAAUGUACAUUAAUAUAAUAGUCCAAUUUACGAUUGAUUCAAAAUUGUAAGCAACUCAAGCUGGUCUGGAGAUCCGACUCCUAUUUCGAAUUGGAUUAUUUGUAUUCAUGUAUGUUUGGAAUGGGAUGCUAUGAAUUAGUUAUAUUUAAGAUCCUAGUCAUAAGUAGUGCUUGCUAGAUCUAAUACUAAUAUUAAUAUAUUUUGUUUGAUUAAGGUGUGUUUUAUUUGCAUUCUAGAUCUUGGCGUGACAUAAUUUUCAAUUAUAAAGUACUGUGUAUGAGAAUCAGUACUCGAGGGUUCUCUGACAUGCUAUAGUUAUUACAAAUACGCUUACGAUUAGGUUUCAGAGCAUAAUACAAAAAUCUCGUUUUGUGCUGACUUCGAAUAUGAUUGGUCAACUAUGCCUUGCCAAGGUUCAGUACCUCCUGAAUAAUUUGUGGAAAAAUGAAAGAUUUCAGAAUUUGCUAAAAUCGGUUUCAUAUUCCACCCAUACGAAUGGAGUCAAUUAUCGGAGGCCCAUAUCACUAUAUUGCACACUCAAUUAGAGUUGUUCAAUUUUAUUGGAAAGAAAGCAAGAGCAAAAAAAAAGGAAUAGUCGAAAAGUGUCUUCUGAUAAAUUUACGAAUAUUAUAGUGUUAAGGGCCAAAAAUUAAAAUUAAGAGUUAAUCAGUAGUUUUAAAAAAUUAGUGUCCCAUUACCAAACACUUCGCUUUUGAUGGAAGGAAAAACCUAUUUGGUACAGCGCAGUGGAAGUUCGUUAUUGACAUUGAAUUCCUGCAACGAUGUAAUAUUUUAUUAAACCAACAUCAUAAGCGCGUAAUAUUAUGACCGCGAAGUACGACUUUACUGGGUCUAAAAAGACGAUCUAUUUUUUAAGUAUAAAACAUAACUUUUUAUACAUUUUCACGAAUUUUUUUCGUUAUCUUUUCGAUGCAAACACGAACGAAGAAUAAUGUGGCACUAUAUUUUUGUACGUUUUAAUAAAGACAUAGUUAAUGUUU